AUGGACAAUGUAAGAAGUGUAAAAGAUGGUGGAUCACAUAGGAGGAGUGGUCGAAGUCCUACUAAAAGAUUUGAUUUUCCUCUUCAAGUCAGAUCAAGUGCAGAAUUGACAAAGAAAGUGCUACAACAUGUUAAGAAAGAAAAAAUUGACAAGUUACAUGAGAUGCUACAGGGAAACAAUAAAGAAAGGGUUCAGGAAAUUAUAGAAGUUGUGGACGAAACACCAAAAAAAGGAACUCAACAAGAAAGAGUUCAAAAGGUUGAUCACAAUUUGGACAAAGAGACUAUUGCAAAGAAAAUGGAGAUAGACAAACUCUCGCAACCAAAAGUAAUGAAAGAUCAUGCACAUGGUGACAAAGAAGUUGUACAAGAAACACCAAAGAAAAGAACUCAAGUGAAAGCUACAGUGAAUAGAGAAAGAAUUCAAAAGGUUGAUGGAAAAUUGGACAACCACAUUGCUAUGAAGAAAGCAGAGAGACCUAAGCUUUUGCAACCACAAGCUAAGGAAGUUCUUGCACAUGGAAACAAAGAAGUUUCACAAGAUCUUCACAAGUCAAAGGAAAUGGAUGCAACCAACUCAAACAAUGGUGAAAAACCAGGCAGCAGCGUUAACCAUAGCUCUAAUCAAAAUCAAUCAAAAAAAGGAACUCGACAAGAAAGUGUUCAAAAUCGGGCAAAAGUCAACGAAGAAGAUGCAAUCACAAAUAGAGAAGAAGAAAAAGAAACAUCCCAAAGAAAAACUCGUGGGAAAACUUUGUGCAAAAAGAUUCAUGCAAGAACUUUGGAAGAGCGAGUAGAAGUGACCUUUAAUGAGGAUUUUCAGCCAAUUGGUCCUAGUGAAAAAGUAGUAUCUGACUUGAGCCUCUUCUUGGGAACAUUGGCUAUGAACUCAACAUUUUGUCCUCUACGUUACACCAAUUGGUCAGGAAUGCCAGAUGAUAAUAAAAAUCGUUUAUGGAGAUAUACUAAUCGAAAGUUUAUCUUGCCGGUUGAAGCACGAGAUUGGAUUGAGACCACUGUUAGAGAGGAAUGGAGAAGAUAUAAGCACAAAAUUAAGAAGAAUCAUUUUUUGAAGUAUUCCAACAUGACCGAGAGACUCAAAAAUCGUCCACCAAACGUGCCAAUAGCCCAGUUUAAGAGUCUUUGUGCUUAUUGGAGUAAGGAAACUAUACAAGCAAUCAGUGAAAAUAACACUAGAAAUAGAGCUCAACUAAAGUGGAUGCAUCGAAUGGGUCCCAAAAACUUUGCUUUGACUCGUGAAAAAGUGCGUGAAAAGGAAAAAAGAGAGCCCACUCAAUCAGAAAUGUUUGUUGAAACUCGAAAAGGAAAUAAAGGAAAGGAACUGGAUGUAGAAACUAGAAAAGUAAUUUCCCAACUUCAAGAAAUGGUUGAAAAGGAGGAAAGUGAUACAGAAGCUUUUAAAGUUUUUUUUGGAAAGGAGUGUCCAGGCAGGGUCUCUACAUUAAGGGACGAGUUUCAAGAUAAGAUUGAUAGAUUGCAAAAUGCUUUUAAGACCGUAAUACAACAAUGCAAUCCUCAAAUUAAUAUAGAGUCAAUUGAAGAUUUGUUAGGAUUAUCUCAUGGAGAUGCUAAUAGUUCCCCAAAGGAUAUAAGACCGCAAAUGCAUUCAUCUACAUCAACUCAUGCUCCAUGUCAUGGAAAGGACGACAUAAAUGAUAAAAUUCAAGAGGACGACCUAAAUGAUAAAAUUCAAGAGGACGACGUAGAUGACGAAUUUCAAGAGGACGACAUAGAUCUAGAUGAUGAAUUUCAAGAGGAGGAUAUAGAUGGUGAACUUCAAGAGGACGACGUAGAUGAAGAAUUUAUGGAGGAUGACAUAUCUAACGAAUUUCAAGAGGACGAUCUGGAUGCUUUACUCCUAGAAGACAAACUUGAAUGA